AUGCGUAUCAUAAUUUGGAGGACGUUUGAAGAAACAUGGAGGAAAACUGUGUGGAAAUCAGAGAAAAAGAAUGAGCUGAUAAAUGAAAUCAAGAGGUCCAAACCCAGUAUCAAUUCAGUGAGUCAGGCACGGAUUCUGCUGGUUGGUCCUGUUGGUGCUGGAAAGUCCAGCUUCUUCAACUCCAUCAGCUCUGUCUUCCAUGGUUAUGUUACCAGCCAAGCCAUCUCAGGCAAUUCUGGUGAUGGUGUGACAACCCAGCUUCUUUCUUUCAGGAUUAAAGCAGGCGAGGAUGGUAAGCCACUCUCAUUCAUUGUGUGCGACACCAUGGGGUUGAAAGCGGCUCCAGGUGAAGGAGUGCAUGUUGAAGACAUUUGCAACAUUCUGAAGGGGCAUGUUCCUGACCGGUAUCAGCUGAAAACAACAUCACCCUUGAAAGAAGACGACCCUCAGUUGGACAAAUCAGCGAAACUGCAAAACAAGAUCCACUGCGUAGUAUAUGUGAUAGAUGCCUCUAAAGUCACAGACAUGCCUGAGCAGCUGAUGAAAAAAAUUGAUGCUAUUCGACAGAAUGCCAAUGAGAUUGGAGUCCCCCAGCUACUGAUCCUGAGCAAAGUGGAUGAAGCAUGUAUUUAUGUGGAGAAGGACAUACAGGAUGUGUAUCGCAGUCCAUAUAUAAAAAAGAAGAUCCAUGAGGUGAGUGAUCAACUGGGCAUAUCAGUGUCUUGUAUAUUUCCAGUGAAGAACUACAACCAUGAGACUGACCUGGAGGAGAACUGUGACAUCCUGCUGCUGAGCACUCUUCAGCAAAUUCUCCAUUUUGUAAACAAUUACUUUGACAAUAUCUAUGACUAA